UCACAAACCUUAGGGUUGCAGCAGAACUACCAAAUCAUCCAACAACUGACAUUGCGUGUUGGUCACGGCGAGGGCCAUGAAAUAAAACCUUCUUCCAUUCCGUGGAUUAAUUUUUGAAAUUAAUUUUAACCACUUGUUCCAUUCGGAAGAAGCUAGAAGUGUUCUUUUAGCUUGAAGCAAUUCAUAAGUCACUUUUAAAAGAUUGGAAAGUGACACGAUAGCAAUAUAGUAAAGUGGCUUACGUCCGUCCAUGCGUUCAUUUGCCGCUCAUAGAAGAAUUGGUGAGACACAAUGGCUGUAUUUUGAUUACGCGUUUUUCAAACGGAACGAGUUCAACGGGAAACUCCAACUUAUAGGAUAGACAGUGCUUCUCGGUCGUUGCGGUUGGCUGCAUUCCAUUGUACGGAAUUCUUCGAAUGCCUCGAAAUUAGUUGAAGACCCUACAAUAUCUGGAAGUUGUCAACAUGUGAAUCUUUGUGCUCUCUAGGACUUUAAAAUUCAAAGUUCAUUACAUCGAUGAAUUGUGCCGAACAACGUGAAACUGCAUAUGUAGAAUCAUCUUGCUGGUUGCAACCAAAAAGACUGAAGAUUGUUGUGAAGGUAUCAAGAAGUAGCAUCAAAUCAUUUGAGGUAACAGAAGGAGCUUUACAAGUCUGGAGAAAUUUACCCGAACAAAUUCGGCAUGAUCCCAGCUUAGCAUCAUUUCAAGAAGAGAAUGAACGUAUGCAUGGGGAGCACGACGAUGACCCUCUACCGGCAGAAGACACAGUAGUUCCAGAGCAUGACCUACCCUCGACCAGCAGUCGACAAAACGACAUCACGAUAAACAUUACAAACGAAUUAGGAGAAAUGAAGCAUUACAGGAAUAACAGGAAGGACAGUUACAAGAGUGACUCAGAUAAUUGCAUUGAUACCAUUGCACAUGAGGGAAUUAUCAACCACCAUGAGUCCACAUCGUGGAUGCAGUGGAUCAAAAUAGCAGCUCUUCUCAUCGUUUGGGGAUUCUUCACAGGAUUUUUGAUGACAACGUAUGAAAAAGAAGUUGUAAAACAACAAUUAUCUGUCCCCGUUGGAAGAGCCAAAGAUUACAAUAUCAAAGAAAUUCCGCCAGAUAAUCGAUUCGAAAUCGCGUUGCGUGGUGCUUUUUUAUCGGAUCAUUACAUAAAUGUUAGCGAGAGUUUUUUGAUAGUUUAUGUUCAAUUACUCCAUUUGAAUUUCAGUACAAACGAAACAGAAAUAACGCACAUUGAUAAUAUUACUGAACCCUGGAUAGUUCCUGUUGCAAACAUCAGUUUAAUAGAUACAUCACAACAAUUACUCAAAACACACACAUUCGACCUAAGGGAAGUUUCUCAGUUAGCAAGCAACCCCGAUAAAACUACGAAAAAGCUUCGUAUUCGGAUGGAAACCAAUUUCGAGGAGGACCUUCCGCUUCAAUUUGCCUACGAUGAUACACCAAUUGAUAAACAAAAGGGCGUUAUAUAUGCUGCCAUUGUUUUGCUAGGACUAUACGCCAUGAUCAUUUGGGAGUUAGUUCAUCGAACAUUCGCUGCAAUUAUAGCUUCCACUAUGUCUAUAGGAAUUCUAGCUGCAAUGGGAGAAAGACCAGCAAUGACUGAGAUCAUGGCGUGGAUAGACGUUGAAACGUUACUCCUGCUGUUCGGCAUGAUGAUAAUUGUAGCGAUUUUAUCGGAAACUGGAGUGUUCGAUUAUUUAGCGGUUUAUGCAUACAAGAUAACUAGUGGCAGGGUAUGGCCGCUCAUAAAUUGUCUGUGCCUCUUCACGGCAGUUAUGUCCUCUUUCCUGGACAAUGUGACCACUGUUCUGCUGAUGACACCAGUUAGCAUAAGACUUUGUGAAGUGAUGCAACUGAAUCCCGUUCCAGUGCUUAUGAGUAUGAUUAUCUACUCAAAUAUCGGUGGAGCCCUCACCCCUGUAGGAGAUCCCCCAAACGUUAUUAUAGCCUCCAACAGUUAUAUUGCGAAAGGAGGAGUAAAUUUUACAAUUUUCACGCUUCACAUGUCUAUUGGCGUUAUUCUGGUUACCGUUCAAACUUUCCUCCAGCUUCGUUUCAAAUUCCGAAAUAUGAACGACCUACGUUUCAGUGAGCCACAAGAUGUCCAGGAACUUCGUCACGAGAUUUCGGUUUGGGAGAGAGCAGCCGCUUCACUUUCUUCAUACUCAAAGGAUGAAGCUUUUGUACGCGAAACACUAGUGAAAAAAGUUAAUCGACUAAAAAGGACCUUGAAGAAAAAAUUGACCACCGCCACUGUUCCGGUCGACAGCUACGAAGCAACAUUGGAAGAACUUCAGGCAAAAUAUCCGAUCAGGUGCAAGGUUCUUCUCUACAAAUCCGGCGUGGCCCUGGUAUUUGUCGUGAGUUUCUUUUUCCUGCAUUCAGUGCCUGAGCUGCAAAGGCUAUCACUUGGCUGGACAGCUUUGUUGGGAGCGAUUUUGCUGUUGAUCCUAGCCGAUCGAGAGGACAUGGAAGCAGUUCUGGCUAGAGUGGAAUGGUCAACGUUGUUGUUCUUUGCAGCGCUGUUUAUUCUUAUGGAAGCGCUUUCAGAACUGGGACUAAUCGAUUGGAUUGGAAAACAAACUGAAAAUAUAAUUUUGUCCGUUGGUGAAACCUCUAGGCUGACGGUUGCUAUUCUGUUAAUACUUUGGGUUUCAGCAUUCGCAUCUGCAUUUGUCGAUAACAUUCCCCUAACGACAAUGAUGAUAAAAAUUGCAAUUUCCUUAGCACAAAAUGAUCAACUAGGUCUACCCCUACAGCCUCUGGUUUGGGCUUUAGCUUUUGGAGCUUGUUUCGGUGGUAACGGAACAUUAAUUGGUGCCUCAGCAAAUGUUGUUUGCGCAGGUGUCGCAGAGCAACAUGGUUACAGAUUUACAUUUGUUGAGUAUUUCAAAGUCGGCUUUCCAGUUAUGGUCGGUAGUAUUAUUGUUGCGACUGCAUAUUUAUUAAUUGCACACGUAGUAUUCCAAUGGCAUUAAAGGCAUUCAUACAGGAUAAAUAAAUGAGAACAGUUCAAUGCAUUGUUAUUAUAUUGUUUUAAGCUAACAAUUAGAAUUUAAGUACGAAAAGAAAGUUUUUAGCUAUCCUAAAUAUUAGUUUAUUUGUUUCCCCAAUCGAUUUUGUUCUAUUUUACAUUUAGGCAAAAUAAAAUUCAUUUUUGAAUUACAAAAGAUGCAUAUAUUUUGUUAUAAAAUAAAAGAAUAAAUAUAAAGAAAGAUUACUGUUAGAAUUAUAGGGAAUGUGUUACUGUACAGUUAGUGCCUUCUAUAUAAUGUAAAUGGAUAUUUUCAUAACGGACAAAACUGCAUAUGUUUAGAAAUAAGACGGCGUCAGAAAUAAAGGAAGAGGAAAAUGAUAAA